AUGCUUUCCAAACUUACACAUCUCUCUCUCACACACAAUAAACUCACUGGCUCAAUACCUCGAGAGAUAGCAAACCUCAAAAAUCUCAAUCAGUUGGACCUCUCUCACAAUAAGAUCAUUGGCUCAUUACCUCGAGAGAUAGCAAACCUCAAAAAUCUCAAUCAGUUGGACCUCUCUUACAAUUUGAUCACUGGCUCAAUACCUCGAGAGAUAGGAAACCUCAAAAAUCUCAAUCAGUUGGACCUCUCUGAGAAUAGUGUUGAUGGCUCGAUACCUCCAGAGAUAGGAAACCUCAAAAAUCUCAAUGGGUUGUACCUCUUUAACAAUAUGAUCAAUGGCGCAAUUCCUCCAGAGAUAGGAAACCUCAAAAAUCUCAAUCAGUUGGACCUCUCUCACAAUAAGAUCAUUGGCUCAAUACCUCGAGAGAUAGGAAACCUCAAAAAUCUCAAUCCGUUGGACCUCUCUUACAAUUUGACCACUGGCUCAAUACCUCGAGAGAUAGGAAACCUAAAAAAUCUCAAUCAGUUGGACCUCUCUGAGAAUAGUGUUGAUGGCUCGAUACCUCUAGGAAACCUCAAAAAUCUCAAUGAGUUAGAUCUAAGUGACAAUAAGUUUACUGGUUCAAUCCCUACGGAAAUUGGAGAUUUGGGUCACCUAACGGUACUUGAUCUUUCGCACAACAAGCUAAAUGGUCCAAUACCUACACAGAUGAGGAAACUCAAUUUAACCUUCAUGGAUUUGGACUUGUGCUACAAUGAAUUGAAGGGUCUUCUUCCAGAUGAAAUAGCUUUGAAAACUCGACCAGAUUCAUGGAAUAAUAAUGAAGGUUUGUGUAGUCAUUAUUGGAAUCCCCCAUGCAAAGGUAGCAAGAACAGGCUUAAAGUCAAGGUUCCCAUUAUUUUAUCUAUUUCUGGUAUCAUCAUACUUGUUGCAUUUGUAAUUGUUAUUGUCUGGUUCGUCUUCAGACAAAAGUCGAUGAAUUUUAUUAUUAAUACAACAAGAGCCCAACAAAAUGGAGAUAUAUUUUCCAUAUGGAACUAUGACGGGACAAUUGCAUAUAAUGAUAUCAUGGAAGCUACGGAAGAAUUUGACAUUAGAUAUUGCAUUGGCACCGGAGGCUAUGGGAGCGUUUACAUAGUAAAGCUACCUACAGGGAAAGUAGUAGCUGUGAAAAAGCUUCAUCGCCUAGAAGCUGAAGAGAAAGUCUUUGAGAAGAGCUUCACCAAUGAGAUACAUGUAUUAACAAGAAUAAGGCAUCAGAACAUCGUGAAACUUUAUGGAUUUUGCUCCCAUCCAAGGUGUAAUUUCUUAGUUUACGAAUACAUAGAAAGGGGAAGCUUAGCUUUUGUUCUUGGAAAUGAAGCAGAAGCCGUGGAAUUGGAUUGGAAGAAACGAAUAAAUGUCAUCAAAGGGAUUGCUCAUGUUUUGUCUUACAUGCAGCAUGAUUGCACACCACCAUUAAUUCAUCGGGACAUAUCGAGCAACAAUGUCCUAUUGGAUGCAGAUCUCGAGCCUCAUGUCGCUGACUUUGGAACUUCUAGAUUUCAAAAUCCUAAUUCAUCCAACCGCACUAUACUUGCAGGCACAUAUGGAUAUAUUGCUCCAAGUAAAUUACCAUAUAUUCCUCCUUUAUCCAUGCUUAUAAUUCUAAGAACAUUGAUAACAUUUGAACCAUUCAAUCGUUUUUAUCCCAAAAAAUUCAAAUAUUUACCAGAUGAAGCCUGGAAUUAA